AUGGCAGGUAUGCAAGAAAUACUACCCAGUCUCCUCGACGGCACACUGCGCCCAGGAUCCGGGCCCGCCGUCCGUCGAGAAGCGUACCUACGCCCCACAACAGUACAAUGCCACGCAUCCAACCUGCUACGCCUGCCAAAUGGAGAUCUGCUAUGCACCUGGUUCGGAGGAAACAUGGAAGGAAAACCUGAUAUCAGCAUCUACCUCUCCAGGCUCCCAUCGGGGGGACAGACCUGGAGAGAAGCCGUAAAGGUCACGCAUGACGGUACACGCAGCGAGCAGAACCCAGUUCUAUUCCGUCAUCCGUCCGGCGAGCUCUGGCUGCUUUACACUUCGCAGCAGGGCGGUAACCAAGACUCUGCUGUGGUGAAACGCGUUAUCUCCUCCGAUAAUGGCGCCACCUGGAGCAGUCCCACCACCUUGUUCGAUGACCCGGGCACCUUCAUCAGACAGCCCGUUAUUAUCCUUGAGAACGAGGUGUUUGUGGUUCCGACAUUCAAAUGCCGCGUGGAACCAGGUGCAAAAUGGAUCGGAAACGAUGAUAUCUCUGCGAUCCGUACGUCCGCUGACCAGGGGAAGACAUGGUCAGAGGUUGCAGUUCCCGAGAGCACAGGCUGCGUGCACAUGGAGAUCCAGCGCCUGAAAAAUGGGAGUUAUCUCGCGCUGUACCGCAGUCGGUGGGCGGAUUAUAUCCAUCUAUCUACUUCAUCGGAUGGAUUGAACUGGAGUGCACCGCAGCCUACGUCCCUGCCGAAUCCCAAUGCUGGUAUAUGCUUCGAUGUCUUGUCCUCCGGCCGGGUGGUGGCUGUGUAUAACCACUCAUCACGAAAGAAUGCCGAAGGGCGUAGAGAGGGGUUAUAUGAUGAGAUCACAGAGGAGGGCGAAGAUACUCGUCCAAACCAGAAAGGUCGAACCGAUGGGAAAGAGGCCUUCUGGGGAGCUCCGAGGGCGCCGCUCUGUGUGGCAUGGAGUGACGAUGAUGGGAAAUCGUGGCAGCAUCGAACCCUGGAGGAGGGAGAUGGGUUUUGUCUGACGAACAACAGCGAGCAGAAGCGAAAUCGCGAGCUGUCUUAUCCCAGUAUGGUGGUUGGGGAGGAUGGCACGAUCCAUAUUGCCUUUACCUUCUGGCGUCAGACAAUCAAGUAUGUUCAGAUUGGAGAGGAAUUCUUUACAGCAUAG